GCUCUACUGCCUCCGACAGUACCUAAUCUAGCCCCUCGUCACUACCCACUAGACUUUUUUUAAAAAACCUUAAAUAAAGGUUGAAGAUUUGCCGCCGGAUGGUGGUGUUAGAUGCUGCGCCUCGUGGGUCAGUCUAGUUUGGUGCCCGUGUUGAUGGUUUGUGGGAGUGCUGGUUUGGAAUUCUUAGUUUUUGUUUACCGGACUUGCUGAAAGAGAAACUUUCGUUUGGAGAUCGUUGUGGAUUGUUGUAGAUUGUGUGCGUCGAGUAUGGGAGAGGCUAGAGAGUGGGUGUUGACGGCGGUGGUCGGGGUGGCGAUGCUGUGGAAGCUCCUUUGCGUUUGGCUUCGCUCGCGGCGUAAUAAGCUCUUAUUGUCUUUCUCGCCCAUCGAGGAUGCCGUCACUGUUCGCACGCUGAUGGCCAAUGUUGAAUUCCCAUUUGUUUGCCACUUAUCUCUAGAGUUUGCCCUCUUUCGGACGUAUGCUAUCCCCUCUAUCUCCAGUAUUCUUGCAAAGAGUGGGAAGUUCGAUUCGGACGCAGUGAAGCGAGCAGACGAUACGGAGAUUCUAAUUAGGGAAUUCCAGUCUCACCAUGUGGACAGUGAUAGAGGGUCGGCUGCACUGCGUCGCCUGAACUACAUUCAUUCGCAGUACCCUAUCAAAAACGGAGAUUACCUGUAUGUGCUGGGGUUGUUCAUACUCGAGCCCAUGCGAUGGAUUCACCAAUAUGGUUUCAGGGACAUGACAACAGCAGAGAAACUGGCCAAUUUUGUAUCGUGGAGAGAUAUAGGCAUCAGAAUGGGCAUCAAGGACAUUCCUGAAGAUCUAGAGGUAUGUUUUUCGCAAACACUCUCUCUGCAUUUCGAACACGGACGUCACUGAAGCAUAGGGUUAAGAGAUUCCUAAACAAGUGAGAAUAACUCUCUUUGUCAUUCCCUCCCUCACUCCCACUGUGGCCGCUGCAGGCACUCGAGAAGUGGCAAGAGGAGUACGAGGUAAAGCACAAGGUGUAAGCGGACACGAACCGCAAGAUCGCCGACAUAACCGUGGGCUUGCUUCUUCAGACUGUACCGAAAUUCACGUUGCCUGUUUUCCGUCCCCAUAUUCGCCAUGCCAGACGAUCGCCUAAGGGAGGCCUUUGGGUACCCGAAGCAGCCACAGUGGCUCCAGAUUUUCGCUCGAACCACGUUGAAAUUCUUCGCUGGAACCUGCAUUGGCUUGUUGCACAUCCCUCGACCCCUGGCUCUUGCAGUGGAUCGCAUCCCCGUCGACACCAGUGAGCAAGGGGACCAGUUCGAUCUCAACAAAGUUAGAAAAUUGGCGUUUGAUCGAUAUGGCAGCAGGUAUCCGGGAGGAUACAAGAUUGGUGAAGUGGGCAAUGGGAAGCCCGGAGUACUGGGCUCAGCCUUCCCGGGGGAGCUGCUCUGCCCUCUCUCGGACCGAUACUUCCAGACUUCGUGGCCUCCACGCUCCAAUGGCCGCUGAAGUGUCGGUAACGUUAAAAUGUAGACCUAAUUGGGGUGGUCAUCAGUGCAGGCGUUACUUCAUGCUUCUGUGUGAUACCAUUGUAAAUGAUACCAUUUCCACUUUCCUUUA